CGAAUCUUUCGCAGAUCUCGUUCGUUCGCCACCGCCAUCAUCUGCUUAUGUUAUCAUUCGCUGUACUGCACAUUUAUUUCCGGUUCCGAUAUCCGGCGAUCAAUCGACGCGAUUAACGGAACAGGGUUUUAAACGAUAAAAAUGAUACAUUUUUUAUGCGCUGCUGUUCUAGCAGCUGUUAGUCUGCUGCAUACUACUAGUGUAAUCACCGAAGUACUUAGGCCGACAUGGCAGCAAUAUUAUCCGGGACAGCAUGCGUAUGGCAUACGGUACUUCGAAAAGUUGGCAUCGACGCGAGAAAACUUUGAAAAGGGAAUUCCAUACAACAAGUGGGGAUUUUAUAAUCGAAUGGACGUAACUUUGAACAAUAAUAAAAAACGAAGAUUGCGAAUGGGAAGUGGUUGGUACAAACUUGUGCCUCCCACGGGAGCUGAGAUUAACUGCGAAUUUCCGACCACCGUCCGAGUAAUAUCUAAUAUUGUGUGGGAGCGAGUCGAUCCAGGCAAAGCCGACAAGGAGUUUGCGCUCAGACGCUUAGGAGAAGUACAAACGUACGAUAUGCACCUGAGACCCAAAGGAAGCACGUUACAUUUACACGAUGUGACCCCUUUAGACAGAGGUUUAUACAGAUGUAUGGUAUCUUCUAUGGACAAACUGACGGGUGAAACUUUAACAAUAUUCCAAGAUACUGCAUUUUAUCCUGAUAUAUAAUUUGCAUAUCGAAUUAGACAUUAAUUUAAUGAUGAUAACUAUGAUGACAGAUUUCAGACGAGUUCAAAGUCUUAUGUCAAAAUUAUUACAAUUUACUUCAAAGGACGCAAGUAAAACUUACGUAAUAAUAUUACUGCAUUAAGUAAAAUAAUGAUUUUGAUCUUGUAGUUUUAAAAAUAUUGAUUACUAACUGUGUUUGAAUGCCUUAAAAAAAAUUAUAUGGUUUCAGACAAAAUAAAUUGAUUUUUAAAACUA